GGCAGGCAAAAAGGUGCUUGGAGCUGUCUGCACAGUGAACACGAACUCUGACAGCCAAAGGAGAGGGGACAAGGCGAGGCGAGCCUGGGAGUUUCUCAUUCUUUCAAAGGUAGGAGAGCUGCAGCAGCAGCAGCUUGAGGGAGCCUGCACUGCCAUCCGGACUUUUGUUGUGUUAUUGCCCCUCUGAGUUCUUUUUCUCUCCAGGCAGCAGGUACUGAUUAAGCCUCUUGUCUAUCUACCUGGCGAUGUGAAUGGCUUUGAAACGUGCUGGAGGAGUUUAGCCCAGCUGCCUUUUCUCUCCUUCUAAGCUCCAGUUGUAUUCUUAGUUUUAUGAAACUCCCAGUCCUACCCUGAGUGUUUUUCCUCUUGGACAGAAAGCAUGAGGUGCUCCUGGAGGAGGCUUCUCCCAUUAACUGUAGCUCUUUUUUGGUGGGUUGGUGACUGCCAGAGAAACUUUGCUGGACAAUUAGAUCAAAGACCUUCAUUCAGAAGUGAACCUGGGAAUAAAGAGACAGCUCGGCUGAGAUUCCGGAACCAAGGUAAUCUGGGAACAACAAACAAAGCAUUCCAUUUGAUCCAAGCUCACAGUCCUUCCACAGCCAUGGAUCAUGUUCCUGUGACCCCUCGAGUAGAUGGAGUCCCCAAUGCCUGGAUGAGAAGCCUGGCAGGAAGAGAAAACCGAAAGCCACCAUCUGCUCUCACAGACCACAAAUUCCCUGUUCCCACUAAUGGCAGGUCCCAAACCAACAACCCUGGGACAAAAGACGAUACUCCAGGCAGAAGUCUGAGCUGGACAUCUCAGCAGAGACAAAAGACUGACAUCUCACACCAAUGGCAACGAAAUAGCCUCAGAUCAAGGUCGGUGCCACAACCAAGAAUGCAAAUUUCCCGAGGCCGGAUGGCAGGGCCAAAUGUUUGUGGGGGACAGUGCUGCUCAGGAUGGACAACAGCUCCAGGGACAAAUCGAUGUAUUAAACCUGUAUGUGACCCUCCAUGCCAGAACAAAGGAUCCUGCAGUCGUCCUCAGCUUUGUGUUUGCCGUUCAGGCUUCAGAGGUUCCCGAUGUGAAGAGGUGAUUCCAGAACAAGAAUACCAUCCUCUUGGCAGUGUAGCUGCCCCUCAGCCUCCAGCAGACUCCCUUCUGAAAAGAAUGGACAAUGUACAGAGAGAAGAGUCCUUAAAAGGGAGGCAGCUCCCUGCCACACGGAAGUUACCAGCUGGAACUCAAAGCAGAAGUGGUUCCCUUGUUCCCUCUCAGCAGCACACGGGGUCCUCCCGCACAGUCAGACGCUAUCCAGCUGCUAAUAACGGUCAGCUAACAUCCAAUGCGCUGCCUAAUGGGAAUGGAUUUGAGCACAAUAGCGCAGGGCCUCGUGUGACAUAUCCAGAGCCUGCUCUAUCUCUCUGGGGUGUCAAUCUUACAGAAAAAAUCCGAAAGAUAAAGAUUGUCUUCACCCCCACAAUCUGUAAAAAGACUUGUCAAAAUGGCCACUGCUACAAUAGCUGUGAGAAAGGGGACACCACCACUCUGUACAGCCAGGGUGGACAUGACCAUGAUCCCAAAUCUGGCUUCCGUAUCUAUUUCUGCCAGAUUCCCUGUCUAAAUGGGGGGCGUUGUGUGGGCAGGGAUGAAUGUUGGUGCCCAUCUAACUCGACAGGGAAGUUUUGCCACCUUCCAGCUGUAAAAGCCGAAAGAAAGCAAGUGGGGAGGUCUUCCAACAGCCUAACAAGUAACUCCAUGAAGCAUUCUAUGUACACACUUCCUCUCUCCAACCAGCUUGCUUCAAUACAUCCUUCUCUUGUGAAUGUACAUAUUAACCACCCUCCAGAAGCUGCAGUACAGAUCCAUCAAGUGGCCAGAGUGAAGAGUGACACAGAUCAGUCUGAAGAGAAUAGUGUUGAAACCAUGUUGAUGUCUCAGCUUCCAACCAACCCCCAGUACACUGAUAAUACUACCACUAGCAACAAUAUAGUUACAGAAAGCAACCAGCAGCAGAGACCCCAAGGCCUCAUGGGGAGAUGUUACCUGGAAACAGUACAUGGAAAGUGUGCUGAGCCAUUACCUGGUCUGUCCAAGUAUGAGGAUUGCUGUGGAAGUGUGGGGGCCUUCUGGGGGAUCAGCAGGUGCAUCCCAUGCCCAUUGAAACCAGCUCAUCCAGUGAUUGAAGAUGGACAAGUUGAAUGCCCACAAGGAUACAAGAGAUUAAAUCGGAGUCACUGCCAAGAUAUUAAUGAAUGUCUGAUACUUGGUAUUUGUAAAGAUGCAGAAUGUGUGAAUACCCGGGGCAGCUUCCUCUGCACUUGCAAAUCUGGCACGAUGUUGGAUCCAUCCCGCAGUCACUGUAUCUCGGAUAAAGCAGUCUCCACGGAGCAGGGGAUGUGCUUUCGCUCAGCAGUAGCAGGAGUCUGUGAUCUUCCACUCAAUCAGCAAAUCACUAAACAGAUUUGCUGCUGCAGUCGUGUUGGCAAAGGAUGGGGUAGAAAUUGUGAGAAGUGCCCAUUACCUGGGUCUGAAGCCUUUAAGGAGAUUUGCCCUGCUGGCCAUGGCUACACCUACUCCAGCUCUGACAUACGAAUGUCCAUGAGAAAGGCAGAAGCAGAUGAACUUCCACUCAGUUCAGAGGAGCAGGGAGGGAAAAGCGACUUGGUUCCUGACUGGAUAACAAGAAGGCAGCAACUGCAAGAUGUCACAGACACAAAAUCCAGCACUGACCUCUCAGCAGGAAAGGGAGAAUCUCCUGAAGAUCAGGACACAGAUGAUGUUAUCCAAGAACCUGAUAGUGACCCAGUCUAUAUAGCAGAAAUUUCUCCACAUUCUCCUGCCCAGCCAUUUCCAGGAGUUGUUGGAGAGGAUGCUGCUCCAGUAGAUGUAGCAACACUGUUCCCAGAAAUAAGUGCCUGCUCCUCUUCAUCCAAUAUUUGUGGUCCUGGAACCUGCGUGAACCUUCCAGGAGGAUACACCUGUCUCUGUUACCCUGGCUUCCAUCAGCAUCCCAGUCACACCUACUGCAUUGAUGUUGAUGAAUGUGAGAGAAAUCCAUGUGCUGGGAAUGGCCAUUGCAUCAACAAUGAGGGCUCCUAUUCCUGUCUUUGUUUCUCUGGAUACACUCUUCUUACCACACAGGACACACAGUCAUGUCAAGAUCUAAAUGAAUGUGAGCAGCCUAAUGUGUGCCGUGGAGGGCAAUGUAUCAACACCCCUGGCUCUUACCACUGUGAUUGCAAGACAGGCUAUGUCCUAGGACAUGGGGGAGAGUGUGAAGACAUUGAUGAAUGUGCAGACCGCAACGUCUGCCCCAGGGAACGCUGUAUCAAUUCUCAGGGCUCUUUUUCCUGUGUGGCUUGUAGCAUGGGAUAUAUUGCAUCAAGGGAUGGAAGAACUUGUGAAGAUAUUGAUGAGUGUAUCUCACCCAUGGCCUGCCCUCUGGAAAUCUGCAUUAAUACACAGGGAUCCUUCUCUUGCCAAGCCUGUGAUGUAGGCUAUGCACUCUCACCUAACAGGCUCAUCUGUGAAGAUAUUAACGAAUGUGAAGACCCAAAUAUUCACUGCCUGGGAGGCAAAUGCUUAAAUACUUUGGGCUCCUACAUGUGCCACUGCCAGCCUGGAUUUGAGCUCUUCAACGGGACUAUGUGCGAAGAUGUGAAUGAAUGUUUGGAUAGUGGGGUCUGCAGCCCCAAUGGUGAGUGCCUGAAUAGCCAUGGGUCAUAUUUCUGCAUUUGCGCGCUCGGCUUCUCAAACGCUGCUGGUGGAGUCACUUGCCAAGAUGUUGAUGAAUGUGCAGACCAUUCCCGGUGUUUGCGUGGCCAGUGCCUGAAUACAGAAGGAUCCUAUAGAUGCUUGUGUCAGACAGGCUUCAAGUAUUCUGAGGAAACUGAUGACUGCAUAGAUGUGGAUGAGUGUGAAGAGUACAGGAAUGCUGUGUGUGGCACGUGGCAAUGCCAGAACACUUUGGGCUCAUACCGCUGCAUUAUGGGAUGUCCACUGGGCUUCCAUCGCACACCAUUUGGAGAAUGCAUUGAUAUUGAUGAAUGUGCUAAUGAGACGCUGUGUGGAAGCCAUGCUUUCUGUGAUAACACAGAGGGCUCAUUCCGUUGUCUGUGUGACCGUGGCUAUGAAAACUCACCUUCAGGCCUCGACUGUAUUGAUGUAAAUGAAUGUGAACUAAUGGUUGCAGUGUGUGGAACUGCACUCUGUGAGAAUGUAGAAGGAGCCUUCCUGUGCCUGUGUCCCAGUGACCAUGAGGAGUAUGACACAGAAGCCGGAGUGUGCCGCCCCCGAUCAGGCAUGGAGGAACCUGGAAGACCUGUUUCUUCUCAUCCUGGUGCCUCUGAGCGGAAAGAGUGCUACUACCAUAUCAGUGAUGUCCCGCUAUGUGACAGUGUCUUGGCCAACAACACCACCAAGGAAGAAUGCUGCUGCACUGAAGGAGCAGCCUGGGGAGACACCUGCGAGACUCAUCCUUGCCCUGUCAUGGGCUCAGUGGAAUAUAUUGAGAUUUGCCCUAGUGGGAAAGGCUACAUUCCUGUGGAAGGAACGCUGAUCUUUGGACAGACAUCAUACACAGAUGCUGAUGAGUGUGAAAUGUUUGGCCUUGAAGUCUGUCGGAAUGGGCAUUGUGUGAACACUGUGCCAGGAUAUACGUGCUUCUGCCACACUGGUUAUUUCUUUGACUCCAGCAAGCUUGAAUGUAUUGAUCUAGAUGAGUGUGAGAAUGAAGAGGCCUGUGCAAAUGGCAAAUGUCUCAACACAGCUGGCUCAUAUCACUGCUUCUGUAGCCUUCCCUUGGUGCUGGAUGCCACCCGUAACCGCUGUAUCAACAUGUCCAACAGUGCAGACGAUGUGGAUGAUCAUGAAAUUCACUUGGACAUCUGCUGGCAGAGAGUCUCCAACUACAUUUGCAAUCGGCCACUGCUGGGGCACCGAACCACAUACACGGAAUGCUGCUGCCGUUAUGGAGAAGCCUGGAGUCAGGAUUGUGCACUCUGCCCCCCAAGGUCCUCUGAGGACUUUGCUCAGCUAUGCAAUGUUGCCGGAGGUGAGGCAGAACUUCAAGAGAGGCCUGGCUAUGAAUAUGGACCAAAUCAGGAAGAUCACCAUUAUGGACUUUAUAGCCCAGAUUUAGAACCCUAUUACAACCACUUGGGUCUUGAAUAUGGCACCUCUGAUGUCACCCACUCUGACAGAGAACCAAGCACUGAAUUAGGAGAGAGUGCAUCCCAGCAAGCACCACAGCUUCGGCUUGCAGAGACACAGCCUCACUAUGUGUCCGGCCAUAUUGGACAAUAUAGCAGCUUUGAAGGGCUACGGGCAGAAGAAUGUGGGAUUCUGAAUGGUUGUGAUAAUGGCCGCUGUGUGCGUGUGCAGGAGGGCUACACCUGUGACUGCUUUGAUGGUUUCCAGUUAGACUUGAUACGCAUGGCUUGUGUGGAUGUUAAUGAAUGUGAAGAGGCCAGUGCCACCAUGCCCCUGUGCGAGGGCAGUGUCUGUGAGAACACAGAAGGCUCUUACCGCUGCAACUGCUUGCCUGGAUAUGUAGCUUUAGCCGAGCCUCACCGUUGUGUGCCAGAAGCAGCUCAGAGUCCAGAGGCAGCAUGAUGCCAGAAGGCAGUGACAGAACAGAGGCAAUUCCUUUGGUCAGAUACCGCUUGGGGAGCUGGAAGCCCUUCAGUCUGGGCAAGAACUCCUGUGAUAUCAGCUUUAAAGCCUACCCAUUGUUUCCCAAAGUGCAAAAAUGCAGCAUCUCACUGGACUGAACUCAAAGACCAGUAAGAAGCUCUAAAAGGUUCAAGCAUCACCCUUGCUGGCCUAUUCAACACAAGCUUCCUGCUUCAGCCACCGUCUGCUCAGGGUCCAGUCCCUCAUACACUGCCAUUCAACAGAUCGUCAUCUUCAUCAAUCCUCAUUUGUAGAACAAGUCAAACAUCCUUGUCCUCUGCUCAUUUCCAUUGUAUGGGCCAAUAUUAGACUCAUUUCAUCUCUGCCCCUCAGUUCUUUGUAGGAUUUUGUCCUCCGAGUUAUUCUCACCAGGCCUUAUCCCCAUGUGCAUUGUUCUUCCUCCUCCGAAGAAACCUCCCACAUUAUGUAAGAUCCCCUUAUGUUGCAUAGAACCACUACAUUCCACACACCUUACCUUGCCGGUCUCAGAAGCACAGUGCUGUAAAUUGGUCAGUCAGUCACAGUUAGUCAAGCAACAUAAGCAGGACUCUUCCAGUGUUUUGUUAUACAGGCAGCAUCUCACCAUCAACACAGAUAUCCAUGGAUUGUGUAUUUUUUGCCUGCAGCAGUUGAAGAGUACCCCCCAUUUCACAGAUGUCGCUGGACUCCUGCAAUCUUACUCCCAUUCCCCAAAGCUCCUCUUGCUAGCAAUGCAAGGGACACAGCCUUUCAUACCUGAGCCUGGAACACGCUGGCCAGCUUCAGAGAAUAUGGGUUCUAUUUAUAGUCAGGCAGUAGCUUGGACUCCAAAGGCCUUUUUGGCUUAAGCCCUCUGUAUUCAUCCCAGGGCACCUACCCCCUGCACUUUCUAUGACUGCUGGAGCAUAAAAGUUUGAAAGAUGGAAAAGAUUAGCACUCUUUAGUUUCAGAAAGUGUUCUGUGUGGUAUUUUCUGUUGUGGGGGAAAUACAACAUAAUGUUAAAUAAAUGGUUUUAUAUAGUGCCUUAUGGCUUGCAUAA